AAUCGAUGAACGAUAAGAUAACAUUUGAUUCAGUUAUAUAUGGCAGCCUCUACAGUAUGAUCGCGUGCUCUGUGCCUCAGAGAAAGAACGAUCCAGCUCCUUCUGGAUCGCACUGACCCACAGGAUAUCACCAACGCCACUCUAAUCAUCCAAUGAACUAGGCCAUUUUAUCACCUUUUUAUUAGAGCAGUUAUAUUGGACAACCGAUUUAUAUUUAUUCGAUCGAAACACAAAAAGACGUCAUUAAUCUCAGAAACGCUACGGCCCAAGAUAGCCAAGCCUAGAAUCGUUCGCAUCUUACCUAACCCAUUACCUAACCACGUGACACGGCGAAGCACCGCGACCAUCUCAAGACCCUUGGCUAAGGCGUAUUCGUGCUUUUGUGUCUCCGUUUUAGGGAAUUCGCUUUCUUCAAUAUCAAGAUCAAAGGACAUAAGGCGAUAUUGGCAGUCUACUAAAAGCAAGGUCAUCAACUAUGGCACUUACGCUCGUGUUUGAUGGCAUUUUGAGAUGUUAUGUAGGUCAGAUCUGUUGCUGAACAACGCCGAGAAGUUGCUUCCAAUUUAUAUAAAAAAGCACGCCGAACUAUUCAGCCAAGUAAGUUGAUCUCUACGGCCAAGCUACUUGGUGUUGAUUACCAAGCCCUAUGGAUGAAUCAUUCGCCAUCCGUCCCUGCCAUGCUUUAUUUAUUUUAUAUUUCCUACGCCUAUAUAUAGGUCGUUCCCCAAGUUAUGCCUUGGCUUUUGAAUACUUCUAAUCUACUGUCAUUAAACUACAUCGAGUGAUACACACAAAACCAAACCUCACUAGUACACUCCAUUGAGUGCGUUAUAAAAACAAAUUUUCCAGUACACACACAUAAACCGUCACAAUGGCGCGUAGGCCAGCGCGGUGCUACCGCUACUGCAAGAAUAAACCCUUCCCAAAAUCCAGACACAACCGCGGAGUUGCCGACCCAAAAAUUCGCAUCUUCGACAGCGGCCGCAAGAAGGCAUCCGCUGAUGACUUCCCUCUCUGCAUCCACGUCGUCUCUCUGGAGCGCGAGCAAAUUUCCUCCGAGGCCCUAGAGGCUGCCCGUAUUCAAGCCAACAAAUACAUGGUCAAGAACUCCGGCAAGGAGACCUUCCACCUUCGCAUUCGCACACACCCUUACCACGUCAUCCGUAUGAACAAGAUGUUGUCUUGUGCUGGUGCAGAUCGUCUGCAGCAGGGUAUGCGUGGCGCCUGGGGUAAACCCGCCGGUAUCGUUGCUCGCGUUAGAGUCAACCAGAUUCUGAUUUCGAUGAGAACGAUUGAUCGUUGCGAGCUCCAGGCCAAGACGGCGCUGAAGAGAGCCAUGUACAAGUUCCCCGGUCAGCAGAAGGUGGUCGUCAGCAGGAACUGGGGAUUCACGAAGGUUAAGAGGGAGGACUAUCAGAGAAUGAGGGAGACCGACCAGCUGAGACUUGACGGUGCUGGUGUGCAGUUCCUUGAGAAGAAGGGAAGGAUAGAAGACCAGAUCAAGAACUUUCCAGCUGCAUUUGCAGAUGGGAUUGGUGUGGAGCAGCUGGCGAUCUGAGAGGCUUGAAGGCUCGAAGAUUGCCAGAGGUAGCAAUAGUUAAAAUAUAG